UUUUUGUGCGACCAAUGGCUGACGAGAGGAAGGAUCUGUUGUGUCUGGGCGUGGAAGUGACUGCAUGUACCCAUGUGGAUCAGUGACACUCCUGGAAGGUGUGCUAAAUGAGAUGGAUUGAGAUUCCCAAUGGGUCAAACACAGCGCCUGUGGCUACUAGCAAGUUUAUGUCAGGUGGUCUUGCUAACCUGUGAAAAACAUUCAAACACUGUUGAGGUUGAAGUUCUUUUUCAGCCCUUUAGUCAAGAUCCAGACAGCUACAGGGUCACCUGCAGACCUGCAAGUAACCAUCUGGUAUAUGUGAAGAGCUUCAAUAACUCAGCAUGCUCCCAUCACUGCAGGAUAUUAUUGAGAAUGGUUGAGGAUCAGAAGGGGUAUAACAUCACGCUGAGAGCCAGCAGGUGUGAUGCGGUGCUCGAGACAAAGACCUUUCACUUCCUUCCAGUGUCCACGUCCUCCUUUAAUGUAUACAGCACAACCACCACCGCCCUUCUGACAUGGAAACUUCACAGGCUGCAGACCCUGUCCUCCAUAAGCCUGUACAACACACACACAGAAACUGUCGUGCACAUCUUCAACAUAAACUCUUCAGAAGUAAAAUCCCAGUAUACAAUGAAAGGUUUGCAGCCGGGCACACGCUUCAAGGCCAAAGUCACAGUGACUACAUACCUCAAACAGUUUAAUAUGACCUUGAAGCAGAGACUCAGAAUUCGUCUGGAAACAGCUCAGUGCCCACCUGGCUGGAUUGCCAUUGGGGGAAGCUGCUACAUUGUGAGAAGAACAGGGUUGACCUGGAGUGAUGCACUGCACAGAUGUUCAGACCUUGCAGCAGGAAGUCAUCUGGCUAACCUGAAGAGCCUGGAAGAUCUGUUUUUUAUAUCUUCUUACCUCCUGUCCCAGAACAACUUGCUGCUGCUAUGGACGGGACUUAAUGACCAGCAGGAAGAGGGCCGACCUCUCUGGUCUGAUGGCUCAUCAUAUAACCGAACAAACACUAUGAAGACUCUGCUACCAGCCAACCAGACGGACUGCUUCGCUUUCCAGAGGAAUGCCACGGGGCCGGGAUUCUUUCUCACUCCAUUCUUCUCACGUUUAGUUCCUGCCUCAUUCUCAUUCGACCUGGUUCAGGUGACAGAGGACCUGGUAGAGCUUCGUUGGAGUGAUCUCUCACUCUGUAACUCACCUGCUCUUUCAUCAUUUGAGGUAUUCCUGCAGUACCAAGAGGAAGAAUACGGAGAGUGGGAUCCAAGUGAAGAAGAAAGGAAGCAAGAGGACCAAAUGGGCACAAAGAACCAGAGCACGCCUAAAAAAAUUGUAAGGGUCCCCAUUUCGAUCUCUUCUAGAGGCGUAACUUUAGCAGGUUUAUCUCCAGGAAGCAUCUACUCCUUCACCCUUCAAGCGUCUCACCCUCCUGGCUUCGCUUGGAGCUUGGGACAAACACAAAUUGCAUAUACUAGACCUCAUCCUGCUCAAAAUAUCACUGUUGGUCCCAUUACAGCCAGUCACAUUAGCGUUCAUUGGAUGCUGCCAGAUGUGUCAUUUGUGGCUGGUUGGACUUUUGUUGUACUAUAUGAAGACAUGUCUUUGAAACAGGAUGGUGUAGUUGGCAUGGCAAACAUCUCCAGGUCAUCUGGGUUGAGGUCCUAUACUGCAGUAAUUGGAGGGCUGGAAUCUCACAGGAAAUACAGGAUUGAAGUAUACACAGUUACCGAGCAUGGGAUAGGGAGCUGUGGACAGGCAACUCUAACUGUAAAAACUGCGGUGAAGGCUCUCAGUGGUCUGGUAGUGAUAAGCACUAGGAGCAGAAAUCUGACUGUCUGUGGCACCCAACCACCCAGCGAUCCUCCAGACGGUUACUUUAUCACAUCCCAACCUCUUGACAAUCCUACUGCUCCUUUGUUGUGGCUAAACCGCUCCAGUGCAUAUGGACACUUGAUAAAUGGAUUCAUGUGUUUUAAUUUGGGCACAUUUACUCCUGGUCAGACGUAUGAAGUUGGAGUUGUUGCUCUGAAGGGAAAUGACAGGAGCAAGAGGUCCAGCGUCAUACACACCACAGCUCCUAUGCCAGUGCAGGUAGCAGUGCCUGUCUCGGUGGGUACAAACUAUGCACAACUGUACAUCCAGCAUCCACAACUGGGUGUGAUGGAUGGCGUAAAAGUGUGUGCGUGUCCUGGAGACUGGGAUACUGUUUGCAAGGGUUUGGGCAACUAUCUGUGUGACUGGUACUCCCUCACUGCUCAAGUUCAUCUCAUAAACCUCAGCAACCUCAGUCCGGGGUCACCGUACCAGCUCAGAGUGCACAGCACGAGCCGAGAGCAGUUGGGACCACCAUACUACAGCCGCCUCUUUAGAACAAGUCUGGCUCCUCCUAGCAGAGUAAGGGAGGGUCAGGUGACAGAUACAUCCAUUGAGCUGCUUUGGGAUCCUGCACCAGGCCAGGAUCACAGCUACGAGGUCAUCUGUCUCAACUGUGAAAGCUCACAGAAGGUGCAGAAGGUGUUGAGUCAGAGUGCAGUAUUUUCAGGUCUUACUCCAGGCUCGCUUUACCGAUUCGAAGUACGGACAGAGAAGCAGUCCUUUACUGACAGUUCACCAGUUACGAUUAAUAUCACUGCAGCUUCCAGCCCAGUGGAGGUCUCUCUUGUCAAUAAAACCACAUCAUCCAUAUGCAUUAGUUGGAGUAUGUUGAGGGGAUUGGUGACUACACUCAUCCUGUCGAUCAAAAACAGAACAAGCACUCAGGAGCGGAUCACAUCUUAUCAGGAGCCCAGAUUAUUCUGCUUCAAGUGCCUCGCUUCUGGAAGCCAGUACACAGUUGAAGUUAUUACCAUCAGUGGGGACAGAAGAAGUAAACCUGCUACUAUGACCCUCUGUACUAUUCCUGAGGUGCCACAGGAAGUGACUCUUUCAGAAAACGCAGUGACGUCUGUGUCUGUCACCUGGAGACCGCCACCAGGACAGGUGAUGCAGUACAAGCUUCUUUUUGGCCUGCUGUCUGUAGACAGGAAGUCAUGGACCGAGGUGCUUGUCCAAGGCACAAGUUGUGAGGUGAAGGAUCUGAUCCCCGGAUCAGAUUAUGGGGUUAGCGUUCAGAGCGUACUGGGCUCAGACUCCAGUCAUGCGGUCUACAAAAGGUUCAGCACACGCCCAGCAGGAAUACACCAUCUCUAUUUAGAUCACCUGACCUCUUCUUCUGCGUCUGUGAGCUGGGACAGUACACAUGGAGAGUUUGACUUCCACCGAGUGACUGUGACCAACACUUUAGUCACGUCCACACUCACCAUACCCAAGGAGAAGCAGGUUGCUGUGGUUACAGGGUUGCUGGGUGGCUGCAGCUACAACGUGACUGUUGAAAGAGUGAAAGGAGUGACAGCAGGGCGCUCUGCGUUUCUGACUGUAACUACAGUGCCAGCCCCUGUGCAAGGAUUACAUAUCACAAACCUAUCUGCAUGUGCCUUCUCGUUGCGUUGGGAACAGGCAGCAGGGUGUGUGGAUCAUUACCAAGUAAAUCUGCUACCAAACCAAGGAAAUAUCACCAUGCACCCCGCACGUGACGGAUACAUUCAGGUAUACUGGUGAGGCCUCUAACCUGCUGUGACUAAACUAAAGCUAACU